GGUAGGAGCUAGAAAGCGUAGAGGCAUGGUCAAUCACCGAGAAAACACAAAAUGCGAAACGGGAGAUUCUGGGGAAGCGAGUGUACUUACGCGGUAGGGACGGCACAGGAGGGAUCUCCUGCUCCCCCUUAGCGUAAGAUUUCGACAAUUGCGGGUCCGACGCAUGACGAAGCCUCAUGAAGCUGAAACGGUUUAUGCGCCAAUUUGGGCCACUCCCUGGCAACAGCGAGGGGGGAGCGUGGAGCGGACUCGGAGUGUCUGGGGGCAAGGGCGGUCGUGGAGAGCGUUGGACGAGGCAGCUGUUCGCUAUGACGGGACUGCGGUGGAUCAAACAGAUAGCUCCGUCUUUUGGCUUCGUUAUCGGAGGUGCCGAGGCGCAGUGCUUUCCAAUGCAUGGUGACGACGUUUCCAGGAAUAGUCUUUAUGUAAUCCUGCAGCGCAGCGUGCUUGAGCAACCCAUCCGAUGCUGCGCGAUUAUAGUUGGCGAUCGUCCCACUGCGAGAGGUAUAUCAAGGCUUCAGUCGGAUUUGCGAUCACGGCUUUGGCGACAGCAACGUCUAGGGAUUUUGAGCAAAGAGGUCACCGUUGAACAGGCCAAUUUGCAUCGCGAACCAGCCGAAGGGGAAAGGCAGGGCAAGUUGGCAGCGCAAGGAGGUGGGGGCAAGAUCGCUGGGCGGAGGAGCGCGGUCGUAAAAAGGGGGGGGGAAAGGAGGUGGAGGUAGUCAAUUCCCGACGCGAAAAUUUGGUGGUGCGAAAGAAUUGUAGAGAUC